CACCAUCCCCUAAGGACUAUUCCUUCAGAAGCAAUGGCAACCUCUCAAGACCAAACAAACCGUACCCCAGCCUUGUGGAUCACAUGCCUAGCCUCGGCCUUCCGAACCGCCCUAGCUUGCACCAUAGUAGCCAUCACCACCCUCUACGCCCCUCCCUCUCUCCGACACCAAGUAGCCUUGCCGGCAUUCUCCUACGUGACUGUUAUCCUCAUUGCUCCUGAUGCAACUCUAGGCGACACAUUCCGUGGAUUCUGGCUCGCCCUCUACGCCACUAUUCAGAGCGCCGGGCCGGCUAUCUUGAGCCUCUGGCUCAUUGGACCGGCCAGCCUUUCGAGCAGCACAACGGCUCUGGCCGUUGGUCUGGCAGCAUUUGUGGUGGUUCUGCCCAGGGAGGCCACUCAUUUGGUGUCCAAGCGCAUAGCCUUGGGACAGAUCGUGCUUGUGUACGUGAUUGCUUUCAUAAAGGGUGGGAGAACGGACGCCAUCAUGCACCCUGUGCACGUGGCAGCGAGUACGGCCGUUGGGGUCUUGGCUUGUGUUCUGGCUUUGUUAGUUCCAUUCCCACGCUUGGCUUGUCGAGAGUUUAAACAGAACUCAAAGCUGCUUGUGGAGAAUGCUUCGGAGAGGCUCAAGCUCUUUGUGAAGGCUUUUUGUGCAGAAGAUAACGCAUCCGCACUUGCUUCAAUUUCUCAAACAAAGUCCUUGGCUUCCACAGCAACCAAGCUUUACCAAACCAUCAAACGCCACCAGGAAAGCAUGCAAUGGGAGAGACUUCCACUACAAUUUUUGAGACACAGCAAUGUCAAUCCAGUUGAUAGAUUGCAAGGUUUGGAGAUUCCCUUAAAAGGAAUGGAAAUGGCAUUGAGUAGUACUCCUUCAUUCCCAGUUGGGGUAGUGGAUGGAGAGCUCAAAAGUGGUCUACUUAAACUAGUAGAGCAACUGAGCUUAAAUAGAACCAUUUCUUGUGAAGAUGCAAUAACUGUUCCUGCAGAUUCAAAACCAGAAAUUGAUAUUAGGGGCCUCCAAACACUUCAAACCAUCCCACAAACCCACCUAGAUUUACCCCCAUUUUUCUUUUUGUUUUGUACAAGUCUCCUUCACGGAAAUUUAUCAGCCACAAGUUCUGGUACUACUACACAGGAGAAAUUGGUAAUUCACAAAAAACAAGAAGCAGUUCCUUCAUGUAAACAAAGUGUGAUAUGGAGUAACUUCUCCAUGAAGGUAAGUAGCAAAAGGGUUAUGGCAGCUUUCAAGUGCUCACUUUCAUUGGGUCUAGCUGUGUUCUUUGGCUUGAUAUUCAGCAAAGAAAAUGGCUAUUGGUCAGGGCUCCCAGUUGCUAUCAGUUUCGCUGCUGCUAGAGAAGCAACAUUUAAAGUUGCAAAUGUUAAAGCACAAGGGACUGUUUUGGGUACUGUAUAUGGAGUAUUUGGUUGUUUUCUGUUCCAAAGGGUCUUACCCAUUAGACUCUUAUCUCUAAUUCCUUGGUUCAUUUUCACCAGUUUUCUUCAGAGAAGCAAUAUGUAUGGCCAAGCUGGUGGUAUUUCUGCAGUAAUUGGAGCUGUACUAAUUUUGGGCAGAACAAACUUUGGAGCUCCAAGUGAAUUUGCCAUAGCAAGAAUCACAGAAACCUUCAUAGGGUUGUCGUCAUCGAUUAUUGUCGAGCUAUUGUUGCAACCCACAAGAGCUUCCACUCUUGCAAAAGUUCAACUAUCUAGGACUCUUGGGGCAUUGCAUGAAUGUAUUGACUCAGUGAGUCUUCAAUCUGGAAGAGCACAAUUGGAAGAUAACCAGAAGUGUCUGAAAAUUCAUGUUGAAGAAUUGGGGAAGCUCCUUGCAGAAGCCAAUGUGGAGCCUAAUUUCUGGUUCUUUCCUUUUCACAGUGCUUGUUAUGGAAAACUCAUCAGUUCGAUCUCCAAAAUGAUGGAACUCCUAGUUUUCAGUGGUCAUGCAAUUGGAGUUCUUGAACAGAAUUCUCAAAUACUUGAGGGUUCUUGGAAAGGCAUCAUUCAUACAAUGGAAUGUGAUCUCGAACUUUUCAAGAAGAUGGUUGGCUCUUUGAUAAGUUGCUUCAAGGAGAUCACCCUGAUAAUAAAGUCGGCAACUGUUCUUGAGAAGGAAGGGCUUGAUGAUCAAGAAACUGCCAAAUCUUGUGAUGAUCUGGAGUUGGGAAAACGGAAAAUUCUAAAUGCUUUUAGGGUUUGUGGUUUAGAGGAUGAAGAGAUGGACAAGAUUGUGAGUUCUUAUCUCCUACACUCGAAGGAAGUUGUUGAUAAAAUUCGUUGUCAGCAAAGUGAGGAGCUCAAGGGCCAAAUCGUUUUAUGUUUGAGUGCUUUAGGGUUCUGCAUAAGUGGUUUGAUGAGAGCAACAAGGGAGAUAGAAGAGGGAAUCAAAGAACUGGUUCAAUGGGAGAAUCCUUCCAGCCACGUUAAUUUUUACGAAAUCUCUGGUAGGAUGCAUGCUUUACAAACAUAAUGUAUCAAUAUACAUGCAAAAUUAUUUGCACAGAGAACUAACACAAUUAGUUUGUGGCGAUUUCAAUUCAGGAAAUCAAUGGAAUGAAUGCAAUGAGAAUGAAUACGAUCAACUUUAUAAUGUGGUUGAAAAUAUCACAAUCGAGUAAAUCAAAAUGUU